GUCCCAUUCAAAAAGUAAAGAAAUUGAAAAAAACAUCUUAAGUAAACGAAUACUUCUGAAACCAACUUAGUACUGGGGAAUAAUCGUAUCUGAGAGUCAUGAAUAUUAAACGACAAGAACAGACAUGUACACAACUACCCAUGGAUAAUCUAACCUUUUUCAUACAGUUUACACUAAGACGACAUAUUUAACACGCUAAUGCAAGAUUGACAAUGUUUCCUUUCGGAUGAAUAAAUUUGGUUUUAAUCUAAAAAUUUAUUUAUAAACCCAGGAGGAUGUCAAAUAUGAAAGGAGCACAACACAGAGUGCAAAAGAAACCAACCCUCCUUAGCUUUGGUUUCAAAGACUAUGACAUAUCUGGAAGAAUUGAAUACAGCAUGACUGCUGUUUCUCAAAGAGCUUCUGCAGCUGCCAUCCCCUUUCAUGCUACACCUAACUGCAUGAACCGAUUCGCAUGUACGUGCCAUAGCAUACACAUCGGACGAACAGAAAGAAGGAUUUGUGACCGUAUAGCUGAACACCUGUGUCUGAAAGAUGCAAAAGUGUUCAUUACUGCGAUGCUUGCCACCUAUUAGAUAGUGGUCAUGAAGUCAAUUCAUUAAAAUUCCUUAAUGUAAUAAUUAAAGUUCAAGAUAGCUCCAGGUUGGUGUGUAUCGCUGAAGCGAUUAAGAAUAAACAAUUAUAACCAAAUUU